AUGACAUCGGACAGCAAUUCAGACGAGCGUUCACCCAACAAACAACAAUUCGGCGGAAUCGAAGGUCCAACAUCCGAAUAUGUCAAACUCGUCUCAUCCGACGAUCACGAAUUCAUCAUCAAACGCGAACUUGCUCUAACUUCCGGCACAAUCCGCGCAAUGCUUAGCGGUCCCGGCGUCUAUGCGGAAAACGAGAGCAACGUCGUGUAUUUCCGCGAAAUCCCGUCGCAUGUGCUUCAAAAAGUGUGUCAAUAUUUUGCGUAUAAAGUGCGCUACACGAAUGCUGCUACUGAAAUUCCUGAAUUUAUUAUUCCACCAGAAGUCGCGCUCGAAUUGUUGAUGGCCGCCAAUUUUCUCGAUUGCUAA